AAAUUCAUCGGUCGUCUGCUGGUGCUUGUCAGCGUGAAAGGGUUGCUAUAUGGACCUUACUUAGUAUCUCUUUCAAUAAAAAUCCCGUCAAUGUUUUGCCUGUUUCGCUGUUGAUUGUUUGUUUACAAGUAUUCGAGUAUAUACUGGGAGAAUUAUAUCUGUAUAUUGAAGUUUAAGUGUUGUUUGCAUUGGAUUAUUAAAACGCAGUCCAUUUUAGUUCAUCAACGAUACACAUCGGUUUUUGCCGAUAAAAUGGACAGGAAAGCUUUCUGGGCGAAAUGACCUAACAGGGUAUUAAUCCAUGGCCUAUUAACUUGAUUAAGGAAGUACUCUGAGUGGACAACAGGCUACAGUAACUGACAAAGAGACCUUGAAUUAACGUUCCACAUUGAUGGCAUACAUCAUAUAAAUUAGUUGAAAAGAACGAGUACGAUGACGGAAUCUACUAAUUUGUUAUUCCUGCUACUAGUUCACUGUGAAUGCAUUGCAGCUAUUGUUGAUCCAUGUGCUUUUUCCGGCCCAUUCGAAUACGACUUUUUCAUACCAGGGAUACCAGAAAAUCAACCAGUUGGGUCAGUGAUAGGUGUUCUGCCCCUAAAUGGGAACCAGGGUGAGGUUAGUCUAACACAGACGGCAAACCCCUACCUCCACUUAGACGUGGAGUCCAGGAACAUAUCGCUCAUUAAGGAACUUAACACAGACAAAGACGAUAAUGGCAACAAGCUGAUGUCUGACGUCAUCCUGCAAGUGAUUUGUGUGCCAACGGGUACCACUAGAAAGAGUUCGCUUACAGUCAGAGUUCUUCUCGAAGAUGUCAAUGAACACAGACCGACAUUUCCCAAAAAUCACUACAUGAUCAAUUUACGAGAGGACACUCCGGUAGGCACGGUGGUCUUUACUGAUGUCAAUGUCACCGACAAGGACGGCUCGGGCUCGGGGAAUGAUCGUAUUCACUACCGUAUAUUGCCAGGGUCGUACUCGGAUUAUUUUGACAUACACAUAUUGAGAACUGAAGUUCGAUUGCAAAAGCCGCUCGAUUACGAGACUGUUCACUCCAUGCUUAUAGAAAUAGAGGCGAAGGAUAAUCCGGAAAAAGGCGAAUCUCUCAAAUCUAAAGCUUUUCUGACAUUUAACAUCCUGGAUGUGGAUGACCUCAAUCCGAAGUUUACGAGGGAUGAGUACUCCGUCAAACUGGAUGCCGAAACUCAGCUUGGCAGUAUAGUCGCAGUAAAGCCACCAAUCAGAGCCUACGACGGAGAUAGUUUGAAUGCCUCUAUAAAAUACGAACUUGUUGAUCUGCAGAACCAUUUUGUUAUUGACGCUACCACAGCUGACGUCAGCGUGAAUGCUAAGCUAUCAGACGGACAGUCCACUCUAGUGUUAAAGGCAACACAGAGAGAUAAUCCAAUACGGCAGGGCAUUGCGUUACUGAAGCUUACUAUUAUCGGUAAGGGAAAUGAUAUGGGACCAUCAUUUGCACAGCCUCGUUACCACGGCGUUGUUUCUGAAAAUGAGGCCAUAGGAACGACCGUAAUCACCGUUACGGUGACUGAUCAUAAUCAGUGGACAUCGCUGUCAUACUCUAUUGGGACUCAGACACAUUUCGCUGUUAACAACAAUGGGAAUAUCGUACUGACCAGGAAAGUGAACUAUGAAGAACAAAGACAAUUUAUCUUCAAUUUAACAGCUUCAGAUGAGUUUUAUUCGACGUGGACCACAAUAACAAUAACUGUAAGCAAUGUCAAUGACAAUGGUCCUGAAAUACUGAAAAGGGAGAUCACCGUGAACACCAAGAGGGUCAAGGGAGCGCAGAUCGCUGUUGUAAAGGCCGUGGACAAAGACCUAAACACUUCACUAACGUAUACUGUCGUGACCCACAAAAGUCUUUUUGCCGUAUCACAAGAAGGUAUAGUUUCGCUAACCGGAAGUGAGGGGGACUAUGUUAGCGACGAAUACAUCGUAGUCAUAAGUGUAAAAGAUAACGGAACUCCCCAGCGUGAAACUAUCGCCGUGGUAACUGUUGCGUUUCCUGCAAGGGUUGUGAAGGACACCGGGUCUCUAGAUAUGGCAUCCAGCAAAGACCUAAUUGCGAUUAUCUUAGGAGUUGUAGCAGCCAUACUUCUUUUUGUCAUCAUCUUUCUGGUCAUUUAUAUCAUUCGCAGACGGCGAUAUGUAGAGGAACACCUUGAUAGAGCAAAAACACGACAGGGCAUGGAUCCUCGUGGCUUAACAUACCAGAGAGGCGACCCCUCCCCGGACCCUUCUUCCAAACUGGACAUUAAUAUUGAGGGAGAAUGGGAGGAAACAUCAGAUGUAGACAGCCAUACUACAAUACAGGAGAACCCUCUCAAAUAUAGACUGAAUAUUGCUCGUCAGAACGGCGACAUUCAAAUAGAGACUGCAGUGACACCAUAUACUGAUAAUUAUCAUGAUUAUCAUGAUGGAAAUAUGAGAACUUUUCAUGUGGAAGAGAACAGUAAUAGUGAUACUAGUGAUAGCACAGGUGACAGUCAUAAAGUGUUAAUGGAAAAACACAGAAAUAAUCCGAGAGGAAAUGCAAAUUCAUUAUCAUGGGCGGGAUCAAAUCCGCCAUCUUCUACAUUUGGAUCAGACGUAAGUACACUCGGUAUUGUCUUUACUAGUCUAAAACCUGAAAAUAUUUCAACCCGGAAAUAAGUACGACAGUUUUACAUGUAAUUUGAUUUACGUUUUUGCAGAAGAAAUUAAUGAUGACGUAUUAUCGCUGUCAAUAGGUAAAUGCAUGCGAAUCGUGUAUUAAGCUAUAUUUUAUUUUGAAACUUUUAUUUUUACGGAUUCCUGCAUAUUUUCAGUCGUUGCACGGGGCAUUCUAUUAACUUUUUUGCAUGUCUUUCUUUUUUAAUCACGCAUUGUCGUUUUUUAAUUUCUAAAUUUGAAUGUAUGCUUUGAAAUCCAUAUAUGAAGAGAAAGUCAAAUUGCCAACAAUUAGGGGGAAAAAACGCUAAUACAAAGAUAUAUACAUUCAACAUUGAUAACCAUGAUUUUGGUAGGCAAGAUAGAUUGUGCUCUCAUGAUUUAAAAAUCGCUUGCUUGUGAUUUAACUGUGCUCUUACUUUCGUCUGCUCUUUCAGAUCAUUGCUCCAGAGGAACAGAUUUCAAAAGAGAGACCAGAAAUAACUGUUUACUUCUGAUACAGCUCAUAACUAUGUUAUAUUUUUGGGGUUUACAUCCAAUGCUCUCAAUGAUUAUUUGAUCAGUUGAAUGAUUAUUGUAAUUAGAUGUACCCCUAUCGGUUUUGAUUUAUGUUCUGUGCAAUAUACCAUAGCUCGAAAAGUGAAUAAAUGUAAAAAGGUGAUAUUUUGUAAAUGUGAUAUAAUAAAUUGUAAACAAUUGAAACGGCGAGACAAUGGUUCGAGAGACUUUUCAUUUGUUAUUUCGUUUGAAAUGCCAUGCAUGUUAUUUCACUUGAAUAAAACAUCAAAAACAAA